ACAAGUACCAUCAAUAUAUUGUUUCUUCAAAUUAAGUAAAAGAAAUUCAUCUGUCUUAGUUCAUGGAACAUAUAAUCUACAUAGAUUGUUUAAAAACUAAUGAAUUAUGAUCUUUCUCAAGUUUAUCACCUUCUUAAUGCCAUGCCAAGAGGAAGAUCGGAAAAUCAUGAGAUAUUGAUUAGACUAGGGAACUUCCUGCAUCGCAGAGCUAGAGCCAGUGGAACAAUCUGAUAACGAUCAUAUCAACAAAGAAUCUGAUAUGAGUUUCUGUUGUAACAGAGAGCUAUUUAAUUGUCCUUGAAGAUCUUAUAAUUGACAAACAUAGUCAUAACAUUAUCAGACACUAACUAAAAUUGACAUUGGUAUUCUUGUUCAAAAUGCAUGUUAAGUUGACGUAUAAGAGUAUAAACAUCUUAGGUGAGUUCACAUUUGUUAUCAAUAUCAAAGACAAAAGAUUCUAAAACACAAACUCAAAGUAUUUGAAACCAAUACAACGAACCUUCUUUCGAAGGUUCUGGCACCGAAAGCUUAAUCCUUUUAAGGGCACAGGAAUUUGGUUCCAUCUCCACAGUUUGAUCGAUAGGGCAUUGCUCUUGCGAUCUCUCUGGACUAAAGGUCGGUACCACAGGUGAUAUGUUAUGUGCCUAUAUUUAGGACAAAAUAGUGACAUCAUAAAAGAGACAUUGUAAUUUAUAAAAUAUGGACCAAACGAUGCAUAGUAAGAGAGCUAACUAGCACAGCAUAUGGGGCUUGAGGUACUACAUUGUCCAUAGUUUGUGCAGCCUUAGAAUUUAAAAAAUAAUCAUUCAUUUAGAUUAUAGUAGUGUCAAUUAAAAAGAAAAAAAAAAGUUAAAUUUUACUUAGAAAAGUCUACAGAACACCUCAGCAUAGGGCUCUUCAGCAUGCUCCGCCUGAUUCAAAUUGAACAUACUGAAGAACUCAUACCACCAAUCUUCUAGGAAUACCUCCUGAGAUUCGAUAGCUGAAAGAAAUUGCAGAAUUAAAUAAUUGUACAUUAGCACAACACCACAAACAAAAUGAUCAGUCACUAUGUUAUGAACAUCCCUCCAAAAUAAAGAAUAGCAAUUAAUACAAUUUUAGAAACACGAUAAGUACUUUCCAGAAAAAAUUAACCUCCGAUCAGUCACUUAGAUGAUUGGUGGUAUGUGUUCGAUGGAAUGUUCAGCUCAAAUCAGGAUUAGCAUGCCGAAGAUCCGUAUGCUGAGCCGUACGGACUAUGGACAAUGUGGUACGUCAAGUCCCUCAUGCUGCGCCAGAAUCUUUUCUCCCUUCUGCUAGACCAGCACAUAAUAUAUCUCCUCUGGGGCCGGCCUUUAAUCCUGAGAGGUUACAAAAGCAAUGCCAUCCGAUGAUGGAUGAGGACGAAGUGACAUCUAAUUUAAGAUUUCCUGAGAUUCGUUGCAGUCAGAGGGCACCAUUUGUAACCAACUCUAGCCGCUUGAUGGAGCGGAUUCCUAGUAUGCGUCAACAGAGGGAGGCCGGAGAUGAUGGAGUGGGACGUGGUAUUUACUUUGAACAAACUAUGCAGAUGGAACCAAACACCAUGCUUCUAGCGCCAGAUCCUUAUGAAGCAGAAUCUCGUCAUUGGUCUUGA